UCGUGACCGGAUAUUAGCUCAAGAAAAAUCGUCAUUUGGUGUGCGUCACACAAAGCAGAGAAGACGUCCUGUCCGUGGGAAGAAGCCAUAUUGGGUUAGCCGCUAAUACCUUGUGUGAAAUGCUUUCAUUUUGAGAAGUGAGCUCUUCUAGAGAUAAACGGGAGAAAUUCGGCUUAUAUCAAGAUGUCGGCGGACGACUUUCAGUCAAAGUAUGCCUCCGUUAUGGAGAGCAUGUUAAAGAGCGCCAUUGCAGAGACCACCAAACUUUUUGAAAACAUGGUGGACGAGCUGAAGGCAGAAAUAUCUAAAAUCAAGAAGGAAAACGAGGACCUGAAAACAAAAUGUUUUCAGUAUGAGACCGCCAAGGCUGCACCGUCGGCUCAAAGAGGAGGCGAAGCUGGCAAUGCCUCUGAGAAAUGCGACACGGCUGUUCAGUGUGAUCUUGUUCCUUUCCGGACAGUUGUGGUGGAGCAAUGUCAGCCAUUAAUACCCACAGGGCCAGUAAGGCAAAGUCAGGAAUACGGCUAUGGGUAUAAAGACCACAGUUUACAGGAGCACGACUACGUCUGUUUUCAAGACAUACCUACUCCGAUGGAAUUGGUAGCUGUUAAAAAAGAGUCUGAACUAAAGCGAGAAGAUGAUACUGAUUUCGCUUGUAAAGAAGUUGUGGAUGGUGAAAAAGGUUCACGUGGGGCUUCUGAUGGUCAAGAUAAAAUUGGAGCACAAUGCAUAAGCGACACUUCAACUGAACACAUUACAGUACCUCAAGAAAAUACAAGCCCAGAGGUUUUACAGUUAUUCAGUUUAGACACUGGUAAUUCACAGAUAGCCCAGAAGCAAUCCACUGAAAUGCAGUGUUCCUUGGUUAUUUCACUUAAAGAUGCUCUGAGGGAUGAUUUAAAGGAAGAGUCUGAAAUGAUAGAAGUUUCAAAACCUAGUAGCUCCGGAUGCAAGCAAAUGUUUCUUCAAGUAUGUAACAUAGAGAGUGCAACUACACCUAAUAGGAAAACUGCUUUAGAUUCUGCAUCAGUCGGCGCAGAAAUGGCAGGUGAUGAAUUAACUAAUAAAGUCUCAGAAAGUGGAGCCAGUUCACAGCCAGUGUCAUCAUCAGGUCGCAGAAGAGGACGACCUCCAAAAAAAUCAAACAAAGAAUGUGACAAAGGUUCAAAACAUAUGGACUUAACGGAUUCAUCAGCAGAAAAAAAAUCACCAGAUCCAUCACCUCCUUUGGUGAUGCAGACUUCUCACAUCAUCAAUUCAUCAAUCAAAGAGAGUAAAAAUACUCCCUUGAAAGGCAAAAACAUAGAUGUUGAAUAUUUGAAAAGCAGUUUAUUCUCUAGAGAGCAGCCUGCACUUCAAGAUAAUGAUCCUGGGAAGAAAAAAUCUGCAACUGUUGAUAAAACACCUAAAAACGCUAACGGGUCAUCAGAUAUACCACCACCAGCUACUUCGGGUUUGCUUAAAGCUGACGAGACCUCUGUCAGCCUUCAGGAUGCCUUGUUGCUUGUUGAAGCAAUGAAUCAGCCAAGUGUGGAAAAGAGCAUUCCCCCAUUAAAGGUCCCAUCACAGCCUAAGGUGAUGUCUGGAUCUGCUUCAUCUGUGGGUUCCCUUAAAACUUCUGAGACCACAAUAUCGAAAUAUGCUGCUACUGUUAAAUCUUUUCUCUUGUCAAAUCAAACCCCAGUCGUACCUGUCAUUUUGACAGACAGACCUCCAGAUAAACAGGCAGAUGUUGAAAAAUGUAACGCGCUGCAACCAUCACAUUUAUCUACACAGCUGAAGAGUAGUGCCUCAUCAGCUGCUUCAACUCAGGCUGACGUAAAGUCUCUUCCACUUUCUCGGAAUUUGCCUGUACCUAAUAAGGUACCUCGUAAAAUCAUUAUUCUCCCAAGACCUUCUCACACAUCUGAUAAUGCCAAAGCAUUGUCUCAAACCAUUUGCUCUGCAGUUAAGUCUGCCACUCUGAAAAAAAGUAAUCUACCUCUUUCAUCUACAGCAGCAAAUAUAUUGCCUUGUGAAACACCCGCGCUUUCCCCAGUUCCACAAAAAACUGUUUUCUCCAGAGAGGAUCCUGACACUCCUUCACAGUUUUACGGCAUCCAAAAUGAUCAUCAGUAUGUGCUUCCCCAACCAAUAACUAUUGUUUCAAAACAGUUGUCAUCUGGUUUCUCCAAAGAACCUGGGCCUAUAGCUCUUACAGCACAGGAGAACAACAACGAACCAGCAGUUCCUGUUCCCCCAGACACUUCAAAUCAGUGGAUAUCUGACACACAAGAAUUAACCUUAUACCUUUCAGAUGAUGAAACAUCUGAAAAGCUAAAUUCAACAGACAAUCCUAAUUCUUCUGGGGAAAUUACCUCUACUGCUGAAAGUAUGAUUCCUGGACAAAAGUAUUUAGUUUCGGUCAGAUUAACCCGCCUCCCAUUAUCCAUUUCAACCAAAGAGUCAGUCUUAAUCUCAGAGCUUUUAUCAAAAGGUAUCAUCCAAGAAAAGCCAUCCACUGCUCAUCUCUUAGAAGAGGAACCUGUUGAUGUUGAUCUUCAGUCACCAGGGCCCACCACUCCCGGUCGACUAACUCCUGAUUUGGAGCUACACAAAGAUGCUAACGUAAUACAGAAGGAUACAGGUGAUCCUCAAGCUCGGAUGGAUAACGUUCAGUUCCUGGCCAAUCUCUCUGUGUCACCCUUGGAAAAUGAGUCUAAAGUUAAUGAAAAUUCAAACUCCAAAGACACCAAAUCCGUUGUCUCACGACCGCAAAGUCAUCUACACGCUCAUUCUGGAGCAAAAGAAAGUUCAUCUAAAAAAGCAAUGGAAACUGAAAGGAAGACGGACAACACAACCAAGAAAAAAUGGCUCAUUGAUCAAGACUCAACUGAAGAGCAAGAACAAACAGUUAUUGGUGAUUCUCUAAAUAAGAUAUCUGGUACUCAUGAAUCACGACUUGGAGGUGAACCAGACAAUUCUACAAUCUCUGGAGCUACAAAUGACGCAAGAGAUGUAGGUUUUAAGAUGCCCAGAUCUGGUAGACAGGGUGCUGGAUCAGAAAAUAUAAAUGAUUCUACCUCUAAUAGUUCAUUGAGUCCUAAGAUGUGUACCAAAGUAGUUUCAAGCCCUGAAAAAGCUAAUUCUUCUGAAGAUGACAGUGGCUCAACAACUGAAAUGUGUGCCACCCCAAGUUGCUCUACAUCUAAAUCUAAGCCCAGAAUGAAAUCGAUAAAAAGAAAAUCCUAUUUUUGUAGUCCUAGGGAUGAUACAGAAAGUUCAGAGGGAUCCAUUACUGAAACGACUGAGAGUGAACCUGAAUUCCCCAGUCCCAAGCAGUUUAAAUCGGCAGAGAAUAGCAGGACCCUAAUCGCUGGUGAAUCAACCCCGAAGAAACAAAAAUGUGUUUGUCCUGGUCAGAAAAAAGCCCACAAAUAUGUAAAUGACAAGGGGAACUCAAAGAGUAAAAGGGUUGGGAAGAAAAGAGGUAGCUAUAAAAAAAGGGAAUUUAAGUUACCAGUGAUUCAGUCAGGGGUUGCGAAGAAGUGGCAAGCUAAAGUAUGGUAUCCUCCAACACUACCACCCAAUGAAAAGCCCAUAACGGAAAUAAUACGACCACCACCUCCGAAAGCCGAAUAUAGAAUUCCUGAUAUACCUUUCAGAGCUCCACCAGUUGUAUCACCUUUACAGCCGUUGGCUGUCAUCGGCAGGCAUUUGUUAAGGAACCAGUGCGGAGAAUGCGGUCGCGUUUUUAGCAACAGCAAUGCCCUGGAAAGCCACGUCAGCCUCCAUAAAGUGUAUCGGCCUUACUCAUGCAAACUCUGUGGGAAGUACUUCCCAGAUUCACCGAGUUUUAAACGUCAUGGCCGGGUACAUCGUAACGGCAGGAUUCACGUCUGCCAGCAGUGUGGAAAGGGCUUUGUUUACCGUUUCGGUCUUAGCAAGCACAUCCAGUUGGUCCAUAGCAGAAUAAGACCUUUUAUCUGCCAGGUGUGUGGCAAUGGCUUUUACACAAAGCGUGAUGUAGAAGUCCACAUACGGAUUCACACUGGAGAGAAACCUUUCCAAUGCCACAUCUGUGAAAGGAGAUUUACACGGAAAGUUGAGUUGAACGUCCAUUUGCGGUGGCACAAUGGAGAAAAGAGACACUGGUGUCAAUAUUGUGGAAAAGGAUUUUUGGAUUAUAAUAAUUUAAAAAGACACAGAUAUAUCCACACUGGGGAGAGACCAUAUUCCUGCCCCCACUGCCCAAAGAAAUUCAAUCAGACCGGUCACCUCAAAAAGCAUGUUAGAAAUUUGCAUAAGAGUGAAUAGGAAUAAUUUAAAAACUGGGUAUUUUCCUCAGUAAAGAGAUGUUUUUAGUUGCUUUAAGCAGCACAUCUGUAAAUAUUUAAUUUUUUUUCCUUUCUGAUUCCUAUUUCUGUUUAAAAUUAGUAGAGACUAUGGCAAACGGUGUCUACAAAGUUUACAAAAUUUAGGGAAUGGCUUUAUUCCCCUCUAAUAAAGAAUUCAUUAUUUAUGAAUGUGAGGGAUCAGGGAAAAUGGGUGGUUGCAGGUAUAGAAUGCGACUAUAGAUGCACUGCCAAUCCCUAAACUUCCAAUAGAAUUUGCACAAAAUAGAUGCAACUUAAAAAAGUUUUUUUUUUUUUUUUUUUUUGUGGAAUUCAAAUGUUUUUCUCUGUUUGCAAUGAGGGGGGAAAUCUUAAGAUAAAUGUAAGCCAAGCUGCUUUCCUUUUUUUAUUUUGAGGAAUAAUUGGUUCUUUGCAUUUUUUGCUAUCUAGGAAUAAGCUACCAGAUUUGUGCUUAACCAUAAUUCUGCAUAUCAAACUCUGUUAAAGGUGAUGACGCAGGAAAAUUAUCCGAAAAAUGUGUCUAAUGUAAAGUAAAUUGCCAUGAAAUCUGCACGUUGAAGCUCUGUGCCAUUCUGAUCUUAAGUUCUUAGGUGAUACGAUUUGUCCCGUUAAAAAAAUAUAUAUAUUGGACAAUUUUGAACAGGAAUCUAGAUUGACAUUGGAAUUUUGACCAGAAUAUAUUCUUUAUGCAAGCUUUUUGUAAUUUAGAAAAUUUUAAUAUUGCAGUUUUCAUUGACCAAAGUUUUUUUAGACAUAGUUUUGUUUGAGAGCAGUUAUUCCACAUAUGUAAGCAUUUACUAAUGAACUUAUAUAGGAGCUGUGGAAUUAAAUUGCUUUGUUUACCUUCUAGUAACCCUGCCUUUGGCUGGAAUAUAAAGGUCUUGUAAUGAUCUUUAUUGACAAGAUGUUUACACAGAAAGUAUGUUUUUAUUUUGACAUAAAAGGAUUAUCUUUAUGUUUUAAUUUUAUUGUCAAUGUCAUUUUAUUUUUUGGUUAAAUAUUUUUUUUUUUUUUUAUCUAGCAUUGCUUUAGUGCAGGCAUCUGCUGCAGGUUUUGGAGGCUUCCUUUCUCCAGCACAGCUGAUUUUCAUUGACUGAUUAACAGACUUUUGUUGAACUACACUCAUCAGAAUCAGCUGUGCUAAAGCAGGGGAACCUCUACCUGCAGGGGACCGACUUAGGGCAUGCCUGCUUUAGUUUGCAGUGAUUUAUUUUAAAAAGCUCUGGAAAUGCUGUUUAAUGCCUAUCUUGGUUGCAUUUUAAAAGCAAUACGUGGAUUAUUUUAUCCUGCAAUGUUAAAAAAGGGGAACAUCACAGGCUCUAAAUAUGUAACUUAUUGAAUUCAUUUGUACAUAUUGUAAAUUAUCCAAUUUGUCAUUUUCAGAUUGAUAUUUUGUUGAUUUAACAAUAAAUGAUGUAAAAAAAAAAAAAAA